AUGGAUUUAUUAAAAGAUGCAGCUAAGAAUUUGAACCUAUACGAAGUGAAAGCUUAUGUUCGUAAAGCUCAAAACGUUGCUAUGAACCUAACUGAAAUUGAAUCAAAAGUUCGUGAAGCCACAAAUAAUGAACCAUGGGGAGCACCAAGUACUUUAAUGGCACAAAUCGCCUCUGCAACAUACAAUUAUAGGGAAAGAGAAGAAAUCAUUGCUUUUAUAUUUCGAAGAUUUACUGAAAAAGCUGCAAACGAAUGGAGACAAGUGUAUAAAUCCUUACAAUUAUUAGAUUAUUUGAUUAAAAAUGGUAGUGAGAGGUUAAUUGAUGAUGUAAGAUCUAAUUUGUCAUUGAUUCAAAUGUUGAAAUCAUUUCAUUAUAUAGAUUCUAAGGGAAGAGACCAAGGUAUAAAUGUUAGAAAUAAAGCCAAAAAUUUGAUUAACUUAUUAAAUGAUGAUACUCAAAUUAGAAAUGAACGUAAAAAGGCAAGAGCUAAUCAAAAAAAAUUUGGAGGUGUCUCAUCAGCUGCUUUUGGUGGUGCUUCAUCAAUAGGAACUAGCUUUGGUAGUGGCUCUAGUUCAUUUAACGACGUUGAUGAUGAUGAAUUUUCAAACAGGGUUUACGGUGAUGGUGGUGUAUAUGGUGAAAGAUAUGAUGAUCCUGCAUCUGCUUACAAUAAUGGCUCUACAGGCAAUGGAGGAGAUCAAUUUGAAGAAUAUGAUGUUCAACCAACAACAAAGACAGCCGUGUCUAAAGCUACUACGGGUCAAGCUUCAAGGGUAAAUGCAAAAGCAUCAAAAUCAAAACCACAACCAAAGGAACCACAGGCAGAUUUAAUAGGUGAUUUAUUAGGUCUCGAUGAUGCCCCUAGUCAGACCCAAACCACUACAACAGGAGAUGACGAUGAUGAUGAUGAUGAUUUUGAUGAUUUCCAAGCAGCUCCCUCACAAACACAAAGUAAUUCAAAUAACUUAUCGAACAAUUUAUCAAGCUUAUAUCAUUCCCAACCAUCACAACAACAACAGCAAAAACAACAACCACAAUUUACACAAUUCCCAUCUCAGCAAAACAUUUUUGCUUCUUCAAAUAAUACGGCCUCAUCAUCGUCAAAUUUUGGCUCCGCUUCAUUAUCAACUGGUCCUGCCAAAUCAUCAAACUCAAAUGAUGCCUUUUCAUCACUAUUCCUGUCUGCUAAAACUAAAUCAUCAAACUCAAAUCCAAAAACCAAUACAGUAUCAAGUACAGCUGCAGCACCAAAACCCACAACUCAGCAGAAACAACAAGAUGAUGACUUUUUUGGUGAUUUUAGUUCAUCGAGUCAAUCAAAAGUCUCUGGCUCCAAAAAUGGAAAUACAACAAAUAGUAGUAAUAACGCUGGAGGCGAGGUUGAUUUGUUAAGUUUUUAG